CAUUUUCUGUCGGACAUAUGUGCAGUUGUGCAGCCCGGAACCAUUUCAAAUUAAAACAAAUAAUGGGCAAAUAUUGUUUUGAAAGUGUGCUACUGUGGUUUUAUCUCAACCUAUAUAAAUGAGUCUAACUAAACAUAUUAAAGAUAAGUUGUUUUGAGGGUGCUUAAUGUUUGAUCCAGUGAUCUUAUUUUCUGGUAGAAUGUAAAUAUUUUUAAUUUGAAUUGGCGUCACCGGAGGUACUUUUGUUCUGGAAGGAGCUUGGUUUGGUCUCUAAUCUUUAUCAACAACUGCCCGUAUUAUUGGUAAAGCAUAAUUUUUUUACUCUCUUAUACAGCAUUUCUUCAGCAGCUUCUCAAAGCUGAUAAAGGUCUUAACCGGGGAUGGCAUCGUCGUUGGAAAUGACAGAAAUGUACGAUAACGCCCUGUUGGGCAUACUGCAGCAUGUUGGAAAUAUACAGGACUUUCUGCAGGUCUACUUUGGCUUUUUAUAUCGCAAAACAGACUUUUAUCGGCUUAUGUCAAGUUCGAACGAUAAAAUGGGAUUUCCUCCCGGUGUUGCUGAGAAAAUGGUGCUAAAGACAUUUAAGUUGUUUGAGAAAGUGGCAGAGCGGGACAGGGAGAGACAGCUGAGUGAGCUUCAGAGAAGAGAGGAGGGCAGAACUGUUCCUCCUGCUGUCCAGGAGCUGGAAGUCUCCUCAGAUCCCCCAAAACAAUCAGCACAUCCAAGAACAGAAGAGGCACAUAUAGACACAACUUCAAAAGAGGAGGUUGGUCAUUCUCCAGCACCCACUGCUCCAGUGCAGGAUGCUCAGCCCUUUAAUAGUCCUGCAGAGCAGUCAGCUGAAGGAGACCAAGCAGCUGCUGCUGAUCCGUCAAAUGAGACUCAGAAAUACCAGUCAGACCCAGACAGUUACAAUGGGGCAGUAAGAGAAAACUACAGCUGGUCCCAGGAUGCCACUGAUGUGGAGGUUCGUGUGUUUGUGCCAAAGACAAUUGUGAAGGGCAGACAGGUGUCAGUAAACCUGCAGAGUGGCAGUGUGUCUGUGAGUGUAAAGGAUGGAGCUGAGCAGAAAACAUUGAUGGAAGGAGAGUUCACCCACAAAAUCAACACUGAAAACUCUCUGUGGAGCUUGGAGCCUGGAAAAUGUGUGGUUCUAUCACUUAAUAAAACGUCUGACAUUUGGUGGUGGAAUGCAGUGCUGAAAGGAGAAAAGGAAAUAGACAUCAAUGAGAUUAAUCGUGAGCGAUCUAUGGCAACGGUUGAUGAAGAGGAGCAUGCUGUUUUGGACCGACUCACAUUUGAUUACCAUCAGAAACUUCAAGGCAAACCACAGAGUCAUGAACUGAAAGUUCAUGAGAUGCUAAAGAAAGGUUGGGAUGCCGAAGGAUCACCAUUCAAAGGCCAGGAGUUUGACCCCUCCAUGUUUGACAUCCCCUCUAGUGCAGUGCAGUUUUGAGGCACACCCUGAUUACAAGCCAAAUAUGAACUGUAAUGUACUAAACCUUAACACACAUUUGAACAGUGUGAAACUGACUCCUUCUUUGGCAAUAAGAAGCAUUGGUAGUAAUUUAUUAUUUCAGCAGUGCCUGUAUGCUAAAGAAUUGUAAUGUUACGAAGUGAAAUUUGACCACCUCAAUGUUGCUGCAACAUGCUGAUACUUAAGUCUUUCUUUAUCCAUAUCCUCUUUUAGAAUCUAAGUGUUUAUUAACACUGUUGUACAAAAGUGCAGAAAACCCUAUUUAUUUUUCUACUAUAUAACUGGAAAUGUGCUUCUGUAAAUCUACUAGCCAUAUACAGUUUGUGUUUAGGUUAUCUGGAAAUACUGCACUGUACAACUGCGUAAUUUACAACGCACUUCAUUUGCAUUCUAAAAUAUGAUUAUAAUGAUAGAAAGCAAGACAGUGGAUGCUCAAAACAUCUGGUCCUGAAAAAUCAACACAGAAAAUCUUCAGUGCUUGUUUGUUUUAUUGCUUGUGUUUAAAUUGUUAUAAAAACUAUUGAGCUGUGAUUGAGUUAUGAGGUAUGUGAUCUACACGGCAAAUGGAAUAAAUUGGUAGAUUAUGUGUCAAUGGAGGUGUAAUAAAAUGUAUGAAAUAGUUUGGUA